UGUUAAAAUAAUUCGCAAACAGGAAGCUAUUUUGUUUGAUAAAGACGUAUGUACGUAUGUAAGGAUGAACGAUAAACAAUAAUAGUGAUCAAAAUGAUUGGGACGUUUAUUUGUUUCCACUGUAUUUUAAUAUAUUUCCAUUUAACAACAGCCCAGUUAAUUCAAAAGGAAACGUUGAAGAAAAUAACAGAAUGCGAUCUCAAUGCCGAUAUCAGAUUAACCUGUGCAGGGGACGAGAUGAUUGCAAUACAUUCCCUACAAUAUGCCUACAAUGUUAGUUGUGAAGGAACAUGUUGUCACACCUAUGCAAGUACUGACUGCUUUGUUAAUGCUGGUGAUACAGACAUUCAAGGCAUCCGUCGUGCCUGCUCAGGCAGGUCAUCCUGCAACGCACCAACCCCUCCAGAUAAAAUAGACUUCACUACCUGCGCAUUAGGUAUAAAGGACAUUUCGUAUAUAUUUCUACAAUACUUUUGCAUACCAAAAGAAAGGAUAGCUUCCGUAUGUUCAAACGGACAAUCACUUACGUCAGACGAUGCUCCACUCUAUCUGACAAAUGAGAAUUAUCCAAGUGUAACAAACAGAAGUGGAUCAUGUUCCUGUUCCCUUGAAGUAUACUCCUGCUCUUCCAGCAUUAACAUGUACAUAAUGGACGCAGAUCUGUACUUAGAUACAAGUAAUUGCUACCAGACCUUAGAAUUUCUAGAUGGAUCUGGUAAAACACUGCAUACGAUUGGUUGUGAAAGUCACUACUCGAACCAAAUAGAAAGCAGCACAGCGAACAGCCAUUAUCUAAAAGUAGAUUUCAUCAGUAACAGUACAUCAAAGCAAGAAGGCUAUUUUUUUAUUGGCCUCGAAGCUUCAGAGUCUGGAGCAUCUUUCAGCCUCAGCUGCAGCUAUGAACAAGAAACAUGGUGUGUCGGAUGUGGUGAUGCACCAGUGAUCGCAAAUGGAAAUGUAGAACUCAGCAAUGUCAACGAUUCCUCCUACGAAGCGGCAGCAAAUGUUAUCUGUGAUUCAGGAUAUGAAACAAAUACGCCUACUAUAAAUUGCCUUGCUAAUGGUACAUGGCCUGCUCCUGACUGUACAGAGAAAGCCGCCUGUACAGCAAGUGAAUGGAGAUGUACUAUUGGAGACUGUGUAUUAGCCAGUCAGAGAUGUGAUAAAUUUCCCGACUGCACGGACCAGUCUGAUGAAGAAAACUGUGGUGGUUCGGUCUGUCCAGAGGGUCUAGAGUUCUGUCCUCAUGUUAAUGGAACCGACGUUUGUGUCGACAAAGCAGUUGGAUGUAGUUGUGGCACAGUUCCGUCGAUACCAAAUGGAGUAUUAAUGAUUGAGGACAAUUCAACAACUGGGUCUGUGGCUAACGUCACGUGUAAUGAAGGUUACAUUCCCAGUCAACAAACUGUUACAUGUCUGACUACGGGUUCGUGGGAGACUGUGUCAUGUACUCCUAAUGCCGCCUGUACAGCAAGUGAAUGGAGAUGUACUAAUGGAGACUGUGUAUUAGCCAGUCAGAGAUGUGAUAAUUUUCCCGACUGCAUGGAUCUGUCUGAUGAAGACAACUGUGUUGGUUGUGGCUCUGUUCCGUUGAUACCAAAUGGAGUAAUAACAACUGUUGAUAAUUCAACAACUGGGUCGGUGGCUAACGUCACGUGUGAUGAAGGUUACAGUCCGAGUAAACAAAAUAUUACAUGUCUGAUUACGGGUUCGUGGGAUACUGUGUCAUGCAUUUUUGAAGAUUGCUUGCAACGUCCACUAGAGACUGUAGAGACUGGUGUUUCUUCAAACAUAGGAGCUUUCGUCGGUGUUGGCGUUGGUACUUUCGUAACCACCCUAAUUAUUGUGGCCAUUGUUUUUACUCUUUAUAGAAGCCUGCGACUUAGACGAAAGCAUACACAGAAAGAUGUAAACAAUGUUCAUGAUGCUCAUAGACAAAACACAGGCACAGGAAUUGAUAGCGAAACUUCGUUAACAUAUGAAAGUCUAGAUGGCACUAAAAAGGAAAGAAACCUGUACAGCCAGCUUUCAGCUUCAAACGAAUAGCUUGACUAAGUCACAAAAGAAAAUCACGCUUAGUCACAUGAAAAUGGAAACAACAUCGCAUGAUAUUUCAUCAGACUACAUCAAUAUCAAAAUAUAAAUAGAUAGUGGCAUUCAUUAGAUGAUUAAUCAAGAAUCCCUAUUGACAGUUUUAAUAAUAAGUGUUUGUAAUUUACGUUGUGUGUUAUGCUGAUUGCUGCUAUCAUUACAUUUUCUAAUUUACAAAACAAUUGCCUUGGUAAAUUACCAAUUUUGAUAAAUUGUUUGUAUGCUAAGGAUAGUUAAGCUGAAACGAUCGAUCUACAAACCAAUAUAGAUCAGAAAAAGAAAUCUAGGCGCAAUCCCUGAUUCGAAAAUGGACAAGGAAAAGCAUAUAAAUGCCGUAUGUCGAUCUUGUUAUACACAUUUGCGUCAGAUACAACAUAUAAGAGACUACAUCACCUCCGAUGCCACAAGGUCGCUAGUAAACUCCCUGGUUACCUCACGUCUCGAUUACUGUAAUGGUCUUUUGUAUGGCAUUCCAAGGUCUUGUUUAAACAAACUUCAGAAUGUUCAAAAUGCAGCUGCACGUCUAAUUACGAGACCACGCCGUAACGAACUAUAUUGGAUUUCUGUACGUACCAAACAGGGUGGAGUUUAAGAUCCUGACCCACUCCUAUAAAGCUCUUCAUGAUCAUGCUCCUAAAUACAUCAAGGACAUGCUUGAUAUAUAUAGACCUUCAAGAAAUUUAAGAUCACAAAAUUCAAAUUUACUUGUUGUGCAAAAAUCACGUACUGUAAAAUACGGUGACAGAAGUUUCCGAUAUGCUGCACCAAGACUGUGGAAUGCUCUACCUAAUGACAUAAGAGACUGUGGAACACUCUCAUCAUUCAAACAAUUAUUAAAAACACAUUUAUUUGUAAAAUACUAUGGACAGUGACAAUGCACAUGUGAUAGUCUGACUGUCAAUUUGUCAGCUUACCAAUCUUAAUUCUUUUCUUAGUCUCGUUAUGAAUCGUAUUUUAAACACUUCAGUGUUGUUUUCUGCGUAAAACUGUUUUAGAUGUAAUUUGUGUUUAACCAGACAAUUUGUGCUAUUCGUAGUCAUAUGCGUAGAUAUAUUGCAAGUGCGAUAUUGUUUUAAUUUUCAUGUAGUAACCUGUGUUUAGCAUUUAAUCAUGUUAAUUAU